AUGGCACGCCAACUGAUUGUCCUUGCUCUCAUCUUUGUUGCCAUUUCUGGGGUUUUAUCACAAGAACCAAGCACCUCCCCUCCCUCACCCUCACCGGCCGAUGCACCAGCCUCGUCGCCUGACGCUGCCACCUCAUCAUCAUCAUCAUCAUCAUCAGCUCCUUCUCCCGGCGCCUCUGAUGCUGCCGCUGCCUCCCCUGCCUCAGCCCCAACCCCUGUUAGCGAUAUAUCUUCGCCACCUGCUCCUUCCCCUGCAGGCGGCGACAGUGAGGUAGCUGCCCCCGGAAUCCAGGCCACCGAAGCUGAUGCGGCAGCUGCCCCAGAAGGCAUUAUCACAGCUGAGGGACCAGUAGACCCUUCAUCAGCUGAGGAGGAUUAUCCCAUCGAUGAUUUCUCUAGGCUCAUCAAGAAUUGA